GCUCACAGCGGGGACUUGGGGCUGAAAUCUGAUCUCCGCUAUUUUUUUCACUCUCUCAGGAACCGACGCGGUGAAUUGGGAGCAUUGGAAAGAGAGAGGGAGAGAGGGGGAGUACUCUGUGCCAAGCAUUCACGCAACGGCUGCACUCGCAAGUGAGCAGCACCCAGGCUCCAGUUGCGAACAGGCGGAGCGAGUGAACAGUUCCCCCUCCAUCGGCGGAGCAGUACGCAGAAUACGUCUCUGUGCGACCCAUCGCGGGUGAUCAUCACUGGUUCGAGUCGCACAUGGAUGGUACUACUCUCACCCACUGACUUGAGGUUAAACACGGGAAAACGAGACACUGCGCCAUCCUCCGCAUUUUUUUUUAAAUCAUUUUCAGGGCGGCAGCAGCUCUUCAACAGGGAUUCUCCCAACUGAAAGUCACUGCGAGGCGGUGUGUUUCAGGAGGAUUUGUGCACCGACCCCAAGACUCACUAUCUUGACUGGAUUUAAGAAACCUUAACUAAUAAUCUUUCGUCAACGUGCUGCUAUUGUUUUCUGCAACUUUUAAAGGAAUUUUAGAGGAACUACCACAAAGCCGAGCGCAUGUAGCACGAAUUCGUGGAAGAGGGAUUAUUGUCCAAUUACUGUGGAGGAGCGUGUGGCAGCGAGUGUGUGUGUCUGUGUGUGUGAGUGUUUUUCCUGGAUCGGUCCCGCCGAGUCAGCAUUGUGGUGUGGUGUGCGUGUGUGAGUGUGUCGUCGGCAUGCAUCGGUCGGCAGGGGACGAUGUCUGAUUCUGGUUUCCGUGGUUACCGCUCUCCUUCGGGCAUGAUUGCCCUCUGGGUCACUCUCCUCCUUUCUGUCAUCCCUCCAUCUGACGCAGCCCCUCGAAUUCCCAGUGCUGCACCGACAGACUCUGUGUCUAGUGAGGUGUCGUUCCUGGAGGACCUGGUGGUGGGUGUGGGGGAUAACUUGGACCUCUCCUGCAGCCCAGACGACUACGCCAUCCCCGUGGUGUGGCACAAGGACGGCGUUGCCCUGUCGCCUAGCAACCGCACCCGCAUCGGUCAGCGCCGUGCUGUCGCCAUCAACGCCUCCUACUGACGGCGCCAAGUCUACUCCUGCAGACACGCCCACGGCAACGUGCUGCUCAGCAACUACACCGUCAAAGUUACUGAUUCUCUCUCGUCCGGCGAUGACGAGGACUACGACGAGGACUCGGACUACACAGCAGAAGCCCCGUACUGGACACGGCCGGAUCGCAUGGAGAAGAAGCUAUUGGCUGUCCCAGCGGCCAAUACGGUGCGGUUUCGCUGUGCUGCCGCGGGCAGCCCCAGUCCGAGUAUCCAUUGGCUGAAGAAUGGGAAGGAGUUCAAAGGUGAACAGCGGAUGGGCGGGAUCAAGCUGCGGCACCAGCAGUGGAGUCUGGUGAUGGAGAGUGCUGUGCCCUCCGACAGGGGCAACUACACCUGCGUGGUGCACAACAAAUAUGGCACCAUCACACACACCUACCAGCUGGACGUGCUGGAGCGCUCGCCUCACCGGCCCAUCCUGCAGGCGGGUCUGCCGGCCAAUCAGACGGUGGUGGUGGGCAGCGACGUGGAGUUCCACUGUAAGGUGUACUCGGACGCCCAGCCUCACAUCCAGUGGCUCAAACACAUCGAGGUCAAUGGCAGCCGCUAUGGCUCUGAUGGAGUACCAUACGUCAACAUCCUUAAGACUGCGGGUAUUAACACCACCGAUAAGGAGCUGGAGGUUCUCUUCCUCCCCAACGUGUCUUUUGAGGACGCCGGCGAGUACACUUGUCUAGCGGGAAACUCUAUCGGCUAUGCCUAUCACUCUGCCUGGCUAACCGUGCUCCCAGCAGUGGAGCCGGGAAAGGAGGACGACUAUGCGGACAUCCUGAUCUACGUGACGGGCUGUGUUCUCUUCAUCCUGGCUGUAGUCAUCGUCAUCCUGUGUCGCAUGCGCAUGCACACCCAGAAGACGCUGCCCAGUCCGCCUGUCCAGAAACUGUCCAAGUUCCCCCUCAAGAGACAGCAGGUGUCACUAGAGUCCAACUCCUCCAUGAACUCCAACACGCCAUUGGUGAGGAUCGCCCGCCUGUCAUCCAGUGAUGGACCAAUGCUGGCCAAUGUCUCUGAGCUCGAGCUCCCUGCAGACCCCAAGUGGGAGUUUUCCAGGACCAGAGCUGACACUGGGAAACCUCUAGGAGAAGGUUGCUUUGGGCAGGUGGUGAUGGCCGAGGCAAUUGGUAUCGACAAAGAGAAACCCAACAAGCCCCUCACUGUCGCAGUCAAGAUGCUCAAAGACGAUGCGACAGAUAAAGACCUGUCAGAUCUGGUGUCAGAGAUGGAGAUGAUGAAGAUGAUCGGCAAGCACAAAAACAUCAUCAACCUGCUGGGAGCGUGCACACAGGACGGCCCUCUGUACGUGCUGGUGGAGUAUGCAUCGAAGGGGAACUUGCGUGAGUACCUGCGGGCAAGACGUCCUCCUGGGAUGGACUACUCCUUUGACACCUGCAAGAUCCCCAACGAGCAGCUCACCUUCAAAGACCUGGUCUCCUGCGCAUACCAGGUGGCCCGGGGCAUGGAGUAUCUUGCCUCACAGAAGUGUAUCCAUAGAGACCUGGCCGCACGGAACGUUCUGGUGACGGAGGACAAUGUGAUGAAGAUUGCAGACUUUGGCCUGGCCAGAGACGUGCACAACAUAGACUACUACAAGAAGACCACCAAUGGCCGACUGCCCGUCAAAUGGAUGGCACCGGAGGCGCUGUUCGACAGAGUCUACACACACCAGAGUGACGUGUGGUCGUAUGGGGUGUUGCUCUGGGAGAUCUUCACGCUAGGCGGCUCGCCCUACCCUGGCAUCCCAGUGGAGGAGCUCUUUAAGCUGCUGAAGGAGGGACAUCGCAUGGACAAGCCAGCCAACUGCACCCAUGAACUGUACAUGAUCAUGAGGGAGUGUUGGCAUGCUGUUCCAUCUCAGCGGCCCACGUUCAGACAGCUGGUGGAGGAUCACGACCGCGUGCUGUCCAUGACCUCCACUGAUGAGUACCUGGACCUGUCGGUGACGUUUGAGCAAUACUCCCCCGCAUGCCCUGACUCGGGCAGCACCUGUUCCUCGGGCGACGACUCUGUGUUUGCCCACGACCCACUCCCUGAUGCUCCCUGUCUCCCUCGCCAUCACCACGGCAACGGUGUCAUUAGGACGUAGCCCUCCAUAGAGCCCCCCCCCCCCACACACACACCUUAUUCUGGAGUGGAUACCAUGCUUUGGAGGAAAUGCCGAGUCACCCUCUCCACCCAGUUGUGCCAAGUCAUGGUUCUGAGCAGCACUUAACAGGUGGAAAAAGAACUGUAGAACUGUCAGCAUUUUUUUUUUCGUUUUCUAUGUGAAGGAUGGACAUUUGUCUGUUUUUCUUUCUUCUUCCAGAUAUUUUUUUUUUCAUUCUGAAAUUAAAAAUUCCUAUUUUUGUACUUGGCCAGUUUCUUAAACCAUUCAGUCGGAACUUUCUGGACGGUCUUACCAUUCCCCCC